CAGGCACGGAUUUAGUGGGACUCGUAACUUUUUUGCUGAAAAUUUUAUAACAAAUUGUUCCCAGCCUUGCAGAUAUGCAGAAGAAGGGUGUGAAUAUCUGCGACUGAAAGGGGACAACAUGCAGCCCCACGAAUCUCAAUGCAUGUUUAGACCAAUUGUCUGUCUUAUCCCCAACUGUGGAGAGGAAGUACCUUACAAGUCACUAUUGAGUCACCUCACGUAUAAUCACAAGAUUUGCGGAAGUGAUCUACUACCAGCCUCAAUAACUUUCCAUGCUGACCAACCCAUUACCAACAACCGAAAAUGGUUACCGUUCGCUAUACAAGCAUUUGGAAACGUGUUUUACGUAAUGAUGGAAGUGAUUCGUCCACAUUUUUGGGUCUGGGUCUGGUUGCAAACUACAAAGAUUGAAGACUCGUAUGAAUCUCUGUUCAUUACGCAAAUUAUGAUUAAGAAUGUGGAGAAGAAGUUAAGAUUGAUGUGGGAAGGGCCCGUGCAGUCGCUUAGAACGAGCGAGAAGGUGGUCAUGCGGGAUGGCCUGUGCUUCGUAGCCCAUGAAGUAUUCCUCCAACACUUCAACUCUGGCGGCUACUUCACCUUUUGCGUGGACAUCAAAAAGUCGUCGCGAACAACUGUGAUGGAUCUGAAUGCCAACGUUGUUGACGAGAGGACUUCAGCGAUGAAUACCCCAACCCACGCCAGCUUAACGACGAGGAGUCGAAUAAAUUCCGACCAUUCCCUCUAUGACAGCGGAAUACUCCGAGAACAAGAGCGAAUCAUGGAGGACGACGAAAAUAUUCCCAACAAUAAUUUGGAAGAACUAGCAGAUCAUCCAAACACGGACAGCUUCGUUUCCAAAUUGUCCAAUUAGAGAAUCGUUUGACAUAAAAUUUCUCUUAGAUUUUAGAUAUGUGAGACCUCCUACAUAUAUGAGCUAAAUUGUGACAAUACUUAAGAUUAUUAGCAGGAUUAAAGUCAUACAAUUUCCUGUAGUAGAUAAUAGUUGCGCGUAUGCGAAGGAAGACAUUAAUCCUAACUAGCCAUUGUAUACACAUGUGCAGAGAUUCUUUUGUAAGUAUUUCCUCCAGAUUAUGUUUAUUACACGACAUCAUUCAAUCCAACCAAACAUCAAUUAUUGUUUCACCAACUUUUCACUUGACUUAUGUCAAUAGCUACAAAAAUAUAAUAACAUUAACCAAGUCAGACAAUCAAUUUACACAUA